GGAAGCAACAUCACAUUAGAAACCCUCAACCUUGGAGAUAAGUCAUCACUUGUCCAUGAGCUCUUUUCCAGGUGUUUUCUUCUCCCACUUUUCUUUUUAUUUUUCCUUUUGGCCGUGGGUAUAUAUAAUAUGUUCUCCUACAUAUUUUACCUCUCUUUAGAGUAAUGCACAUAUAUAGUGACAUAGGAGAAAGUCCGAGUUUAUAACUGUUAUACACAAAUUUUAUACUUCAAAACCGUGAAUAACCCAUAAGUCCCAUAAAAUUUCAAAUUUCCCGUGAUAUAAUCAUAAAUGGAACCUUCUUGAAGUUCAUCAGAAAGUAUGAAUUAGACGGUCCGCCUGGUUUUCUUUUCUUAUCAAAAAAAAAACAACCCCGGCCUCUAGGGAAAAAGUGUCAAGGGUAUUAAACAAGUUGAUUUUCAUCUAAUUUUACUGUGAUCUUUGAUCAUGUAGUUUGAAGUAUCAUAUGAGGUGGUGAAAAAAAAACAGUGAAAAAUAUGACAAAACAUCUUUUGUUCUGUUACAUUUUAGUCAUUUUUGUUUGCUUUCCUUUAAAAAUUUCAAGUGCAAACAUUCAACAAGUUAGCCAGAUUAAGCCUGGAUUCCAAGCAACAGAAAAAGAGUGGGAAAAUCACAAUGGCAUGUUUUUAAUCUCAAAAAACUCAACCUUUUCCUUUGGAUUUUACACUAGUGUUGAUGCCCCAUUUUUUGUUCUAGUAGUAAUGCACAUUUUUAGCUCCACAGUUAUUUGGACUGCUAAUAGAGGUGUUUUAGUUGAUAAUUCAGCUAAAUUUGUUUUCGACAAAAAUGGAAACACUUAUUUACACAACACCACCUCUGUUAUUUGGUCUUCAAACACCACUAACCUAGGAGUCACAUCAAUGGAGUUAAAGGAUAACGGAAAUUUAGUCUUACUUAGUAAAAAUCAAACUAUUGUAUGGCAAAGUUUCGAUCAACCUACUGAUACACUCGUUUUAGGCCAAUCAUUUUCUGAAAAAAUGAGUCUUAAAAGUUUCCCGUAUGAACUAAACCUGCAUUAUCAUCUCAUGUUUAAGUCUGGUGAUUUGGUUUUAUUCGCGGGUUAUAGAACUCCACAAGUUUACUGGAUCAUGUCAAAUGAUACCCGAAAAUCUGUCAGAAAACCAGGUGGGAAAGUCUCAUCUGCAACCUUGAUGGGAAACUCUUGGAACUUUUUUGAUGAAAAGGGUGAAUUACACUGGCAAUUCAACAUCUCAGAGCAGUAUGACCCGAAUGCAUUAUGGGCCGCGGUGUUGGGCUCAACGGGUACCAUAGAAUUUUACAAUCUACAGGAAGCAAAAUCAGAUAUAGCAGAGUCAUUUAAGAUUCCUUCAGGAUCAUGCACAACACCAUCUUCUUGUUCACCUUUCAAAUCAUGUUUCCUUGAGAAUUUAUGUCAGUGUCCUGUAGUUCUCUCAUCUUUUACUGAUUGCAAACCUCGAAUUCCACCUUUUUGUGAUAAAAAUAAUAAUAAUAAUAAUGUCACAGAAAUUUCACCACCAGUUCAUCUGUUAGAUGUAGGGUCAAGGUUUGAUUACCCUGCACUCGGGUAUACAAAACCACAUCAGAAAUCCAGUAUUAGUGAAUGCAAAUCUGCUUGCCUACACAAUUGUUCUUGUAUUACAAUGUUCUAUGAGAAUUCUUCUAGAAGUUGCUUCAUGUUUGGCACAAUAGGAAGCCUUCGACAACCUGGUGUAGGGGCAACAGGUUAUUACCUCUUCGUUAAGGUCUUGAAUGAAAUAGGUAGUAAUAACAAUACUGACAGUAAAGGGUUGUUACUUCCAGCAAAAGGAAAUGGUUAUGAUGUUAGGUCUACAAUCAUAAUUUUUGUUAUAGUUAUUGGAACUAUAUUGAUUGUAUCUGGUCUAAUCGGAUGUGGGUUUUGGUACUACCGCGAAAACAGAGGAUCACUUGUAUUAGAACCUUCAAGAGAAGAAGCUAUGGGGGAGGACAGCUUCUACGAUACAAUGACAGGAGUUCCUAUUCGUUAUAGCUAUAAUGAUCUAGAUGUUGCAACAAAAAACUUCAGUGUGAAGCUUGGUCAAGGAGGAUUUGGGUCUGUUUACUUGGGUUUGUUAGAUGAUGGGACUAAAUUAGCUGUGAAAAAACUUGAAGGAGUUGGGCAGGGGAAGAAGGAAUUCAGAGCAGAAGUUAGCAUCAUUGGAAGUGUUCAUCAUGUUCAUUUAGUAAAACUCAAGGGCUUCUGUGCUGAGGGAGUUAACCACCGACUUCUGGUAUACGAGUACAUGGAAAACGGGUCAUUAGAUCGGUGGAUCUUCAGUAAGAACAACGAUCAAGGGAAGUUUUUCUUGGAUUGGGAAAAAAGGUUCAACAUUGCUUUAGGGACGGCGAAAGGGUUAGCUUAUUUGCACGAUAUGUGUGAUGUUAAGAUCAUACAUUGCGAUAUAAAGCCAGAAAAUGUUCUCCUUGAUGAAAAUUUCGUAGCAAAAGUUUCAGAUUUUGGGUUAGCGAAACUAAUGAACAAGGAACAGAGUCAUAUAGUUGCAACAUUGAGAGGUACAAGGGGUUACUUAGCACCUGAAUGGAUCACAAAUUGCAGUAUCUCAGAGAAAAGUGAUGUUUAUAGUUAUGGUAUGGUUUUGUUAGAGAUAAUUGGUGGGAGGAAGAAUUAUGAUCCAAAUUGUGAAAUUAAAGAAAAGGCUCAUUUACCAUCAUAUGCUUUUAAAAUGAUGGAACAGGGGAGAAUGGAUUUGAUAUUGGAUUCGAGGUUGAUGUUAGAAGAUGAAGAUGAAGAUGAUGUAAGGGUGAGUAUAUUGAUUAAAGUUGCUCUUUGGUGUAUUCAGGAUGAUAAAUCAGUUAGACCAUCUAUGACUCGAGUUGUGCAAAUGCUUGAAGGUCUUUGCCCUGUUCUUCAACCUCCGAUUCCUUCUCAAUCGGCUUCUAGAAUCUUUACUGGGUUGUUAAGGAAUUCUGGUGCUAAAAGUCAGAUUAGGUCAUGGCGUGGUGCUUACAAUUCUACAGGUAAUAGUACGUCUGUUUCAGAAGUUCAGCUUUCAGGACCAAGAUGAUUAUAGAACACCGUUAAUGUUAGUUGUUAAAGGA